AUGUCUGUGUGCGCAGUGUGGACCGGUUCGGCUAUUAACCGACGGCCUCUCUUUCCCUCCAUUUUCUCCUCCAUUAUUCCUGCUUCUUGCAAAGUCCCCAUUCUUUCGACGCUGCGGGUAUUCAGCCUUGCACAAAACCCUGCAAUUCGGAGUCCGCUUCGUCGCAGGCCUUUGGCAUGUGUACGUUGCCGUCGGCGAAAGGUCCGAUGCGAUGGAGCAGUGCCGGCCUGCUCCAACUGCGCUAAAGCCGGCGAAGAGUGCUUCGAAGGGCGGGCGGCAUCCGCGGUGUCCAGGAGCCGGCUUCACUAUCUCGAGAAACGGGUGCGUGAGCUCGAGGGGCCUGGAGACAAUACCCUCAUGCCGCAGACCCCCGAGCUCUCGGACAACAACCGAAAUGUCUUCGCUGAUGGUCAGUCCAACAAUCCAGGAACAGCGCCUGUUGCAGGGAAUCCCUCCUUCAGCAAUGGACAGACACAGACGCCUGUUGGAGAGUCGCCGGCCGACUCCAUAUCGAGUCAGAUCACCCGUCACCAGCCCCUGGCCCAUGAAGUCGGCCUCCUAUCGCUUUCCAACACUACAGACCCAAAAUAUCUGGGGCCCUCGUCUGGUAUAACUUUUGCACGUCUGAUAUACGAGAGUGCUCCACAAUCCCAAGGUCUGCCCCUGUCGUUUCUCCGAGACCAGGAGCAGCAGCAGCAGUAUAAUAUCGUAAACCCAAAGCAGACUGCACUGCCUGCAGAUAUUACUUCAAUUACCCUUCCUCCUCUUGCAGAUUGCCAGCAGUAUGCUGAUGCCUUCUUCGAUGCUACGCUUUUCUUCCCGUUUAUCUCACAGGACGCCUUCUACCUGCUCCUCGACCAAGCUCAACACUUCAACGAGACAUCGAAAUGGGACAGCCUCCUUCCAAUCCGGCUUGCUUCGGCGCAGCUUCUCCUAAUUUUGUCACUGGGGGCCCGCUUCCUCGAGACCAGACUAGGCGCUGAUUACUCUUCGUCUGGCUUGUUUCUGUCGGGGAUGGAACACUGCGCGAAUCUGAAUCUUCCAGAAAGUGUCGAAGGGGUUCAGGUUCUCUUGCUGAUGGUUCUGCACAGCUUCUACAAUCCAGAGGGGCUGAAUGCCUGGUAUCUGCUGCAUACAAUCAUCGCGAGCUGUCUGGAUCUAGGGCUUCAGCGUCGUGAUAGCAAUGGGCGUGAGAAGACACAGCUCGUACGUAGCGCCGUCUUCUGGUCAGCCUACUCGAUGGAUCGCACACUCACGACUAUCCUGGGUCGGCCAUUGACACUGCGCGACGAGGCCAUAGAUCAGGCAUUCCCCGGACUUGAGGGCAGUGAUGAAGUCGAGGAGGCAGCGAUACAGUGGCACCAAAACAAUACCCAGCCAAAUCAACAGGCCCAAGAGAUAAUAAAGUCACCUUACGUAGCUUGCGUCUACUCUCUCCGCUUCGACAGGAUAGUUGCAGAGAUAAAGCUCAUGAUCUACCGCGUGUCUCGUUCGCCCCGGCGAUUUCCCUGGCCGACGAACCUGGACUCCUGGCAACAAGAGACCGAAGAAUCCUGCGUAAAACUUCUAUCUGAGAUUCGGAAUUGCCAGCGAGGUCGUCCUAGAAGCGAGACAAACUCCCUGUCAGGAACAACAGUGCAGCGACUGGAGCUCAAGUACCAUCAAUGUAUAAUGUUACUCUACAGGCCGAGCCCCCAGCUGUCACAUCCCAAGUCAAAUGCCAUACAAGCGUGCUUUAACAGCGCAAUGGCCAUUAUCCAAAUCAACGGAGAUCUCCACCGCUUCUCGAAUAUGGAAUGCUCCUGGCUGUCAGCCCACUCUAUUUUUGUCGCGGCAAUUACCAUGCUCUACUGCCUUUGGACCUACCCUGCUGUUCGGGGUGCAACUCCCAUGGCAGAGUGUUUAUCCCGCGCAGAGAGGGCUCUCCAGCUUCUUACCUGUCUCAGUCAGUGGUGGUCAGUAGCUCUCGAGCCGUGUCAGAAACUUUCACAUCUAAUAUCUCUAACCCAUGAACGUUCUCACGGUGGAUUGGACAGCCUCUCUGGUCUCGGACCGGGUGGUCUGCAGGAGGGAGCACCGGACGCGGUCAACUUUGUACCCCCGGACGACGGUAGGUCGUUACUGAUUGAUGAGCUUGGGAUCCUGCGAGAUCUCUUUGACCUUGGCUGGUUGAAUGAAUGGAGUCUUGAUACCGCACCGCCAGCUUGGGAUUCUGAUCAGCUCAUGGGACUUUGA